AUGUCGCUGCAGGGCGGCGAUGUUGCCUCUCCUGAUCAUCCAGAGGAACAGAAGCCGAGGCCGUCUUCGCCCGCCAGCUCGAGCCCGGAUACUAACGGAGAAAGAGACUCAUUCGAAGACGCUGUAGAUAACGCGGAUACGACUGCGGAUACAGUUGAUGCACGUUCUGUACGCUCAUUGACAAAAAAAUCCGUUUCCAUUUCGAAUAGGCCUUCGCGACCGGGCGACCAAGAUGACAACCACGAGGGAGGUGUCAGGGACGAAUCAGUGGACUCAACCAAGCCUGGAUCCCAGCCAGUCUCGCGCAGGACGUCUUCGCCGCUUUCGCGCCGCAUUUCCAGUACGUCGAAUCUCGAUAACGUGAAUCUGGACGAUGAGGCGCCGGCAAAGGCAGAAGACCCCCCCCCGAGUCCACCUGAAAAGGACCAUGCCAGUAAGACUCUGUCUCUGAGUAGCCUAACAAAUGCUCUCCCAGCUAUGCCUUGGACUCCUGCCGCCGAAUCUCCCUCCAAGAGCCCUGGCCCUACAUCCAAUGCCGUCCCCGUCCCUACACCGCAGCCGAUCCCAAGUCCCCCUACCCGAAAACUCUCGGCAUUUUCCUGGCUAUCACGAAAUUCUUCAAGCAAGGAUAGCUCUACAUCUCCACCAGCUCAACCUUCUGGGAGACGAAAUACCGCAAGUUCCAUCGCCACUUUAACAAGCAAUCCAGAAAUGAUGCUCAGUAAGCUUGAGGAGGAAAAUGACGUCGCGAGUGUCAAUGGUCACCAGCGCGAGAGUCUCAAGGACAGGUUUAAAGCCCUACGCAUGCGUGAGGAAGCUGGCAUACAGCUCAUCCCUGGCGAUGGUGAUGGACAAGGGGAUGCGCUGGCACUGGUGAGCCCAGGCGGCGAGACCGUGUCCGGUGACAGGAGCCCACUGCCUCCAGUGCCGAGUCCCAGCCGUGAACUGGCCCCUGGCACGGCCUCUGGAGUCAACGCCGGGCCCUCGGCCAUGCAGGAAGCGCAGGUGGACUGGGACCUUUGGCAAUCUGUCGUGUAUGAAGGCCCGGCUGCCGUGAGCCGAACGAGCCCCGAGGAGUUGAACAGGGCCAUUGCUACGGGUAUCCCCAACGCCAUUAGGGGAGUCAUCUGGCAAGUCCUCGCGCAGAGCAAAAACGAACACCUCGAAACACUGUACAAGGAACUCGUCGCCAAGGGGACCGACAAGGAAAACCGCAAUAGCGGCAGCACGCUUGCGAGCCCCACCCCCGGUGCCAGUGGGAACGCCAUCAACACGAAUGGUGACGGCGUGAAGUCGUCGGCGUCAUCUAGUCAUUCCACCGUCUCGACUCCCAAUGGCAACACGUCACCGAGGAGCGACAAGAGCCAGAAGGCAAUUGCAAAAGCACAGGCAGUAUCGGUCGCGGAGAAGAACAAGAAACAGAAAAAGGAGGCAGCGAAACUCCAGGCACUCGAAAAGACUAUCCGACGUGAUCUUGGGGCGAGGACGAGCUUUUCCAAGUAUGCCGCUGCUGCAGGGCUUCAGGAUGGCCUGUUUGGCGUCUGCAAGGCGUAUGCUCUGUACGACGACGGUGUUGGAUACGCACAGGGCAUGAAUUUUUUGAUUAUGCCGCUGCUGUUCAAUAUGCCCGAGGGCGAGGCAUUUUGCCUGCUGGUCCGUUUGAUGCACCAGUAUAAAUUACGAGACCUGUUCAUCAAGGAUAUGCCAGGGCUACACAUGCACUGCUACCAAUUCGAGCGCUUGCUGGAAGAUUUAGAGCCAGCACUGUACUGUCACCUUCAUCGUCGCGACAUCUCCCCCCAUCUUUACGCCACGCAAUGGUUCCUCACCUUAUUCGCUUACCGCUUCCCGCUUCAGCUUGUUCUCCGUAUCUACGACUUGAUUCUGUCCGAGGGCCUGUCUGCGAUUCUGCGGUUCGGUAUUGUACUGAUGCAAAAGAACGCUAGUACGUUGCUGCGAUUAUCCGACAUGCAACAGCUCACCACAUAUUUGAAGGACAAGCUUUUCGAUGUGUAUAUUGACAAGGAUCCCAGCCAGGGUAGCAUCCUUGAAAAUGGAUUCUUUGGGAGCUCCAGUUCCAGCAUAGACAAGGAGGUGUAUAGAGCGGAUCAGCUUGUCCGAGAUGCGUGCGAAGUCAAGAUUACGCCUGAAAUAUUGAAGACGUAUACCGCGGAAUGGGAGGAGAAAACUCAAGCCAGAAAGAAACAAGAAACAGAGCUGCAAGAUCUGAGGAUGGCCAAAGAGAGCUUGACCAGUCAGGUGCGCAAGUUGGAAAAACGACUCCACGAUGACGCGCCUGAGCAGGCAGAAAUCUUGACGAAGCUCUGUGAAACCCGCCUCGAGAACGCUGCGUUCCGAGAUGACAUUGAGAGGCUACAGUAUGAGAACGGUAAAUUACGUGAUGAGAACGAAAAGCUUCGGGACGAGAACGAAAAUCUACCAGGCGAGAACGAUAGGCUACGGGACGAGAACGAGAGCCUGCAGGGCCAGGUUGCGGAACUGAGAAAUGUGAUUGAAAUGCAGCCCGAGGAGAUCGAGAAGAAGUGGAAGGUGGAGCGCAGUGAACUGAUGGAGCGAAAUGGCAAGGUUCAUGAAGAAAAUGCAGAAUUGCAGAACGAAUUGCACAGACUCGCAAAGGAGCUCGCGGAUUACAAGCUGCGCUAUGCUCAGAUCAACGAUGAUCACGAAACCCUCAAACUCAAAUGGACUGACGUAGGCCGUCAAUUUCGACUAGGCCCAGAAGAAAGCACAUAG